AAAUCCUAUAGAUUUCCUAUUACUAAUUAUAAUUAUGCACUCUAAUUCAAUUUAAAGCUUUAAACACUCUCAAUCAUGGCUUAUGCGUUCGGAAAUUUUUUAAAAUUUUUUAUAUGGUGUAUUUGCGCUGCCAAUCUGCAAGGCUCUUGUGAUGGCAUUCAUAUUGCAAAAAACUUCGACUCUAGUAUGAAUCAAAAUAUAAUGAAUAACAAAACUGAAGCAGAGUCUCGCACCAAAGGAAUCUCUGAAGUUUUAAGCACCAUUGAAAAUUUAGAAAAUGAAAUCGCAGUUUUGAGUCGCGGUUCUUUCGAAGAAAAAGAACUCAAGAAUAAAAUCAUUCGAUAUGAUAGUAAAUUUAAUGGGAAUUUAUUUGGAGCAAAUGUGAAUGACUAUAUUCACCACAACUAUGAUUUUGAUAUCAAUAGAAGUGAAAUGGAAGGGAAUUCGAACAAGAGCGUUAAGUUCGGAAUGGAGGCAUCAGCGAUAAACUUCCGAGAAAACUCAACUGGUGAUGAUAACCCGAACUCUGUGAUACAGAAUACCGAUACAUUUAUUGGUCCUGCGAAAAACUUUCGAAAGUUGACCUACAAAUCAUACAAAUCUAUCGGAAAACCAAAACCCUUGGAACACAGCGAAGAAAUCCAUUCAAGAUCUCUGGUGGAACAGAAGACCUUAAAACGUCGUGGUAAGAUGCACUCUUCCAACUCAAUAUCGGCGAGGAAAAAGUCAAGGAAAAACGCUGGAGUUUUUGAGUCCAUUCGAGUUGCUGGUUCUGGAGUCGACGAUUUGGCCGGCGGUUCUUCGAGGAAGAUUCGAAGUGCUCCUUCCGGUGCCCUCAGUGAUAGUCCUUUAACAGAGAGGUGGGCAGUGAUAGGCGGUAAAGUGCUACUUCCAUGCGACGUCACUCCUCAUCCCGUGGGAGACGCUCCUUUGCUGAUGCUCAUUUCCAGAGGCGAGACUCCCAUUUACAGCGUGGACGCCCGUAAGGGUGGGCGGUUGGACUCGUCGAUCCACUGGUCCUCCCCCAACCAUCUGGCUACACGCGCCCGCUUCCUGAUGGUCGGCGGAGGGGCGCUCGAGAUCGACCCUGUGCAUAGCGACGACCAGAGCGACUACCAUUGCAGAGUUGAGUUCCGGGACUCACCGACACGCAACUCCAGAGUUCGUCUCCAGAUUGUUGUGGUGCCGCAGAUGCCUCAGAUCACCGACGAAGCUGGCCGUAAGCUGACAGGCAUGAUCGGGCCCUACGACCUGGGCGAGACCAUCACUUUGGCUUGUCACGUCAGAGGAGGUUAUCCUAAUCCGAGGGUGACGUGGUGGCAUGAGAGGUUCUUACUGGACGACCUGAGUGAGGUGACAGAAGGUGUCACCACCGUCAACAGGAUCACGCUGCCUAACCUCAGCCGUCAACACCUUGACAGGAAGCUCACUUGCCAGGCUGACAACAGCAACCUCACCAAAAGCCUCCAGGCUUCAGUAACUCUCAAUAUGAGUUUUCCCCCAGCGAGCGUGGACAUCGUGGGCUUCGAAGGGCCGCUGUCUGAGGGACGACGGUACUCGUUCUCAUGUCAGGUGACAGGCUCGCGCCCACCGGCCACCCUCCUGUGGUACGAGGACGGCAUCGAAAUCAACCAGACUAAAGCACUGGAAGUGCAUUCCGAGGGCGAGACGCAAUCUACACUCGUCGUCAACCCGACGCGCGCCGAUAACGGCAAAACAAUUUCGUGUCGCGGCACAAAUCCGCUUAUCCCGGACCAGUCCAAGGAAGAUGUUCGUCUCCUGACUGUCCACUAUCCCCCCGCGAUGAGCGUAAAGCUGGGCGCCAACCUAGACGCGCGGAGCAUCAAGGAGCGGGACGACGUGUACUUCGAGUGCAUCAUCGACAGCAACCCGCCUGUGUCUUCCCUGCGCUGGUUCCUCAAUGGCGAAGAAGUGAAGCACAACACAGACGAAGGGAUCAUAUUAAGCAACAGGAGUUUAGUGCUGCAGAGAAUCUCCCGUCGUAUGAGCGGGGACUACACGUGCGCAGCCGCCAACAGCCAAGGCGAGGAACAGUCUCAGCCUCUGCAUCUGGAAGUGCAGUUCACGCCAGUAUGCGCACCGAACCAGCAGUGGGUGUACGGCGGAGGUCGACGAGAGCCCGUGAACCUCACAUGCUUGGUGGAAAGCUCACCAAUUCCCCAUGCCUUCCGCUGGUCGCUCAACACCUCGGCUUCGGACAUCGUGGAUGUCCCGCGGAGUCGCGCGUACAAUAAAGGACUUAUGUCUGUGCUGGCUUACACGCCUCAUACGCCGCUUGAUUACGGAGCUCUGUUGUGCUGGGCGGAGAACAGCGUCGGCUUGCAGCAGCGCGCCUGUGUUUACCAGGUGGUGCCGGCCGCUGUGCCGGAGCAGGUACACAAUUGCUCGGCGUGGCACAACAGCAGCGCCAGCGGGCAGGUUGUGCUGCGUUGCUGGCCUGGCUGGGACGGCGGCUUGCAGCAGACAUUCAGUCUUGAGGUACUGGACGUCGAGAAAGACGAAACCGUUGCAUCUCUGGAGAACCAACGCUCACCGCGGUUCACAGUGACAGGCCUGAAGCCUGGCCUCGAAUAUCUUCUACGCGUCACGGCCAAGAACAGUCAAGGCUCUGCAGAUGCCGUCACCAUGACGCAUCUCACGCCCAUCGACAUCGCUGAAAAACGUCUCAGUAAAAGUCCCAGUAAUGUCGGAGGAGUCGGGGUCCCGACGGCCUUGGGUGUCAUGGGUGGAGUGGCGUCGGUGUUACUUCUGUGUUGUCUUAUGAUGGUCAUGCUUCUGAAGGUCAGAAAUUCCGGAGCCGGAAGGGCCAUGCAACAGAAAGCUAAACUCGACAUGGAUGCUCAGGAUGUCCAAGAUCAUUGUAAGCUGAAACCUGACCGAGAGCCAGAUGUGAUUUUGAUUUCAGCAGACGGACGAGAACAGACAGACGACAUGAACCUUCUGCAGCGAGAGGACUCGGCAGGGUCUGCGGACUCUGCAUACAGCGGCCGGCGUAACCUAACCAACAAGAACAACGUGGCGCCAAGUGUUGGACCCAACAUCGAUUACCGAGAUGAGUUCCGAGUCGACACUGUGGUCCCGGAAGCGCUCUACAUGCAUCACGAUCGCCUUCAGUUCCGCAACUCCACGAGCGAAGUCAUGUCUCAAUUUAGCGGCCUCCACGAUGGCGAGUAUCACAACUCAUCACCACUUCAGUAUUCUCUGGAGCGAAGGCUGGAUGCUGACCAAGCCCCAAUGGUUAUGAUGAAGGAAGAAAUGCAUCAAAAUAGCCUUCCUUACCAGAGUAUCACGGGCUCCAGACACACCGCUGAAGCGAUUUGUUCUUUAACGAGUCCUGAAGGAACUCUUGAGACGCGUAAAGGACCUCCAAAGGUGUCGUUUAAACCAAGCAAAGAAACUUCUUUAAAUGAGCCAGAAACAUCGAAGUCUUUGAGUAGCAAAGAAGAAAGUUUAUUGAGAGUCCAGAGUUUGAAAGGAAAACUGUCUGGGAAAUCGACACCGGGGCGUGUUUUGAGCGCUUCCAUCCAUUCUCCUCAGAGAGAGAGCAUUGUUUAGUGGAAUGAACAUCCUGCUUGGAUGUUAAAAUGUCAUGUUCAUAUUGUGAAAACUAUACCUUGUCAUUUCUAUCUCAAGAUUUUAUAAACAAAAUUUCUUUAUUGUAUU